AUGCGUCACCUUUCUACGCCUCCACGCCACGCCACGCCACGCCACGCCACUCCACCACCACUUCCACCAACCCUCCAUGCCAUCACGGGGUACCCUUCUACGCCUCCACGCAACGCCCCGCCACCCCACGACACGCCACGCCACUACCCCACCACCUUUGCCAUCACGGGGGCAUCCUUCUGCGCCUCCACGCCAUGCCACGCCAAGCCACCAACCCUCCAUGCCAUCAUAGGGGCACCCCUUUACGCCUCCACGCCACGCCACCCCACGACGCUCAACCACCAAUCUUCCAUGCCACCACGGGGGCACCCUUCUACGCCCAACGCCACGCCACGCCACGCCACGCCAAGCCACCAACCCUCCAUGCCACCACGGUAG